CCAUCACAAAUGAAAGAAGUGAGAGGCCCCAAACUUACUAAAAAAUGAACACAAUUCUGAGACUCUCCUCUACUCUUAAGCCCAAACAACUGAAUAAGCUUAUGACCCUUUCUCUUUCACUGUCCUUUUCUUCUCAUCAUUUGUGCACAUUAGCAUCACCACUUCCUCCCCACCACUUUCACAUCCUUAACGUGCGCCCCGCCGCCGUAUCACCAUCACCGUCACCAUCACCAUCACCUUCCACUUUUCACUCUUUCAUCAGGAUGAGCUCUACCAAUACUAGCAGUUCCAUUGAUGUUGCUGCUUCUGAAUUGGAUCCCAUUUUUAAGCAGAAACGUAUCAUACGUUCCAAAGUACGUAAAUCCCUUAAAGAGAUGGAUCUUUCUCAGAGAACCCUUGAAGAUGAUGUAAUUCAGCAUUUGAUAUUGGAUGCUCCAUGGUUUAAAUCAACUAGAAGGUUGUGUGCUUAUAUAAGCUGUCGUGCCUUGCGAGAAGUUGAUACAUCUAAAAUAUUAGCAAGUAUCUUACAGAGUUCAGACAAAGACAAUCAGGAACUUGAAGGUAAAACACUUUAUGUGCCAAGAGUGGAAGAUAAGAACAGUCAUAUGCGAAUGCUUAACAUCUCCAGCUUGAAUGAUUUAAUUGCAAACUCAAUGGACAUCCUCGAACCUGUACCAGUAGAUAGUAAAGGAAACCAGCGGGAAGAUGUUAUGGAAGCAAGUGAAGCAGUUGACCUCUUUCUCUUACCUGGACUUGCAUUUGACAAAUCUGGAAGACGGCUGGGCCGCGGUGGAGGGUAUUAUGACACUUUUCUGAGUAAAUACCGACAGCUUGCUAACAAACAGAACUGGAAGCAACCAUUGCUUGUUGCUUUGUCAUAUUCUGUGCAAAUAUUGGAUGAUGGUGUCAUUCCAAUCACUCCUAAUGAUAUAAAUGUGGAUGCUUUAGUAACACCAGCCGCUGUUGUUCCCAUUAGCUCAGCCGCACGUCAAAGGAUGGAGCAUGGUAUAUGACUGCCAUGGCAUUGUCACUUAACUGCUUCUUCGUGAUAUUCCCCCGAUGUGAUCUUCUUUUUUAUUUGUAUCGGCUGAUCAGCAUAGUGAUUGAAAUUUCUCUAAGGUGAGAGCUUAUACAAGGCCGUCUGAAAGCCUACAAGGUUUUUGGUCCCCGGGGAUAAUGACUAUAAGUAACGUUCUUAUUUUGUGGCAAAUUUAUGGUUAGUGUUAUUGUUUUAAUAAUCCUAUAAUCUAUGAUAUGAAAUGAAUUAUGAUAUUGUAAUUCAUUGAGUUGAUUCUUUAAGAUUGCAUCAGAAUUUUGAGUGUGAAA